CCCCACGUAGUGCUCGAGGUGGGGUACUCGGGCCUGCGGAAGACAGCGCUGCCCCUGAGGCCCCGGGUGUCCGUCCAGGACUCCGCCCUGCGCACCGGCAACUUCUCCCUGCGCAUCGCCCCGGUCCGCCCCGAGGACGCCGGGCUCUACGAGGCACGGGUGGCGUACGACUCCCAGCUCCAGAGCUGCCAGGUGAACCUGGGGGUCGUCACAGUAACCCUCACUCCUCCCAGCCCUGUGGUAGAAAAUGAGCCACUCAUGGUGAGCUGCAACUCUAGCCACCAGGCCAGCCUCGUGGAGACAUGCUGGUUCCACGACAGGCACCUGGUCCCCACCUCCAGGACCUUCUGCUCCUUGCAUGGGGCUCUCUCCAUCUUCCGGCCAGCCAUGAGUGAUGCAGGCUCCUGGCGCUGCCAGCUCAGAUACUCUGAUAAUGAGAUCAUUUCUGCCACGUACAACCUCCAAAUUCUAGGUUUUGAUGGCCCAAGCAACCCCGUGGUCUAUGCUGCACCUGGCUCUGCCGCUGAUCUACUAUGCACCCUAAACUAUCCUCCCAGUGCCUUUGGGAUCAAAGUGGUGACAGCCCACUGGAGUCACCUUGCAGGAGGACAUGUGCAGGACAGGCACAGCUCCCCAAAUUCUAGCAGCAGAAGCUUCCCCCUUCACCUUCCUGCAGUGGAGCCAGGCCAUGCAGGGCAGUACCGCUGUGCUGUCUCCAUUGGCAGCAAGACAAUCAGCAGAGACGUGACCUUGGCAGUGAUAACGGUCACUCCGAGCAUCCAAGGACCAGUUUCCGAGGGGUCUCGCUUGCUGCUCAUCUGCAGCCUUACACACGCCCAGGGGCAUGAACGUUUCCAGUGGAAGCACCUCGGUUCAGCCCCCACCAACAGCAAGCUGGCAGUGGCCACCUCCCAUAAGCUGAAGGGCCACAGACCCCAGAUGGGCCCCAUCUUGGAAAUACCUCAAGUGUCACAAGAGGAUAUGGGCACGUGGGAAUGCAGUGUACAUGGCCCAAAAGGCAGACUGGGGGCAGUGGAGUAUGGGCUGCAUAUCACAGGUGCCCAGGUCUCCAACCCUCCCACCAUCUCCAGUGGGCAGGUUACUUUCGGGAUCACACUCACCCUCUUCUUCCUGCUUACAGUCUGUGUUCUGGCUCUGGUCCUACAAAAAAGGGCACGGUCUCUUGCCUUCCCAGCGCUGGAAGGGAUGAUUGCAGUCACUGUGCCAAGGAAGGAGAUGGAAGAAAACCAGAAAGAGAAGAGCCACCAAACUGCCUGCUGA